AUCAGCUGGAUCACCCUGCCCCUGACUGGGACGCGGUGCUAAGGAGCGUUAAGGAGUGUGUGAUCUAGAUUUAUUGCAAGAUGAGCGGAAUAAAUAAAUAUUCAGGCUAUUAUCAGAUAGACAAUUCCAUAGAUUUUGGUGAGAAACGAAAAAUUUCCAGUGAAUUAAAUUGUGCUCGUGAAGAGGAAUCCAUUUGCCUGGAAAAUAGAAACAAUGCAUCCAUUUACAGUUCCAUGAAGAGACCUAAAGGACUUACUGUCCUUUCAGCAGCCAUUUUCAUUGCAGGUGAAAUGGCCGGUAGUGGUGUUCUGGCAUUGCCUCGAGGUGUUGCUGAUUGUGGCUUGAUUGGAUUGGUGUUGAUUGUGUAUUUCUGUGUGAAUGCGGGCUAUGGAGGAACAAGGCUAGGGGCAUGUUGGGCGAUUCUAGAGGAACGGUACCCAGAAUACAGGAGCCCUGUUAGAAAUCCAUAUGCAGCAAUUGCCUACAGAGCAGUAGGCAGGUGGGGAAGUAUGUUGGUAUCAGGAUGCAUCCAGUUUACACUUUUUGGGGCUGGAACAGUGUAUCUGCUUCUCUCAUCACAGAUAAUACAAGACCUUUUUGAAAAUAUAAUACCAAAUGUUGGAUUCUGCACUUGGUUUUUAAUAAUAGCUGCAUUACUUUGUCCUGCCAUGUGGUUGGGAACACCCAAAGAUUUCAGAGCUGUUGGUAUAGGUGCCAUUCUAACAACAGCAUUUGCUUGCAUCUUUAUCUUUGCACAAAUUGUCAUUGACGGAUCAAAUUCAACUAAACCUGUGAAACAUGAUUCCCACAACUUCAAAAGUUUCUUCCUUGCCUUUGGAACAAUUCAGUUUGCAUUUGGUGGAGCUUCUACGUUUCCAACAAUCCAAAAUGACAUGGUACAGAAGAACAAAUUUUCCAUUAGUGUUGUCAUUGGCUUCUCAGUUAUACUGAUUCUAUACCUGCCAGUAGCUGCAGCUGGCUACUUUGUGUAUGGGGAAGCAGUAGAUCCAAACAUUGUACUGACAGUAAAGAAUACAAGUUUGAUAAUGUUGGCAAACAUGCUUCUAGCCAUGCAUUUGAUCUUGGCCUUCCUUAUAAUCAUCAACCCAGUGUGUCAAGAAUUAGAAGAGAUCUUUCAAGUUCCACAUGAAUUCCACUGGAAGCGGUGCUUGGUACGGACAGGAAUGGUGUGUGUGAUGGUAUUUGUUGGUGAAAGUAUUCCAAAAUUUGGGAAAAUAUUAUCAUUGGUUGGUGGUUCAACUAUCACUCUUCUCACAUUUGUAUUGCCAUCUUUCUUCUACAUGAGACUGUGUGACCAGGAGAAGCAACAGAAUUGGCCUGAGAGGCACAUCCCAACAUACAUCCGGGUCUAUUUAUGGGAACUAAUAUUAAUAGGACUUGUUGGUGGCACAGCAUCUACAUACAGCGCCAUUUUAGAAAUUUUUGGAGCACAUUCGAUGACAAAGCCAUGUUACUUAAAUUGAUAUGUAUUAAUGAUUAAUUUAAUAUGAGCUAUUGUGUGUGUGAUGACAAAACAUAGUAAGAUAUAAUGGAA